CUGUACAGGAGCCAUCAUCAUCAUCAUCACCACCAUCAUCAUCAUCAUGUUUACCUGAACGCGGAUAGCGGGGCGGACAAAUGCUCUAGAAAUAAACACAAAUUCCACCUGCGGCUCUCAGGAUCCUCUCUCCGUCUCUUAAAGGGCUCACCGAGCCGGGAUUAGCGCUCCAAAUGUCAACCUGUGCAGUAACAAACUUCAACAAUGGCUUGGAGGCCAGUUCAGACUCAGAUGAUGAGGACAAGCUACAUAUUGUGGAGGAAGACAGCCUGUUGGAGCCUGAUGCCACAGAAGCCAAUGGGGCCACAGCGCUGGAGAGCCAUGAUGCCACCAUAACAGUAUUACCCCACAACGGCUCCUGGAACGGAGUGAAGGAGGAGUGUGUGUCUGAGGAGGAGGAGGAGGAAGAGGAGGUGAAGGAUGCUCUUGUGGAAAAGAUUCUCCAGCAGGGAGAUACAGCCAUCAUUUAUCCUGAAGCCCCAGAAGACGAACAGAGUCCGACGGAGACAGCAGACGCAGAUGAAAACGGCACGCCCGACAGCUUCUCCCAGUUGCACAUUUGCCCAUACUGUUCUCGGGGCUACAAACGCAACGCCUCGCUAAAGGAACACAUUAAGUAUCGCCACGAGACCAGUGAGGACAACUACAGCUGCUCGCAGUGCAGCUACACCUUCACCUACCGCUCGCAGCUGGAGAGGCACAUGAGCCACCACCGAGGCAACAGGGAGCAGCGUCACGUUUCCCAGUCCUCAGCGGGAUCAGGAGGAACCCGCAAGUUCAAGUGUACCGAAUGUUCAAAGGCCUUUAAAUACAAACACCACCUAAAGGAACACCUGCGCAUUCACAGUGGUGAGAAGCCAUACGAGUGCUCAAACUGCAAGAAGCGAUUCUCCCACUCUGGCUCCUACAGCUCCCACAUCAGUAGCAAGAAGUGUGUGAGUGUAACGACUCCAAACAGUGUGACUGUAACGGUGGUUAAGACCACGUCUCCAAGCACUCAGACUAAACCUGUUGCAAUCGCUCCAGCACGGGUGGCUGUCAAAGAAAAGACUGAAAGCAAACCCCUCCAGGAGCAGCUGCCCGUCACACAGAUCAAAUCCGAACCUGUGGAAUACGAGUGUAAGCCGGUCAUGCCGGCACCAGCAACUCCGACGGGGAGUAAUGGAGUUGUGAACGGAGGGACGGUGCAGCCGGCAGCGACCCUCCCUCCAAACGUGGCCAUGGUGGUACCAACGGUAGGCCUCAUGUCCCCGGUCAGCAUUAACCUGAAUGACCUGCAGAGCGUGCUUAAGGUGGCGAUGGAUGGAAACGUGCUCCGCCAGGUGCUGGGUUCAGCCAAUGGCGUUGUGGCACAGGGGAAGCAGGGGAUCGUUGUCCAGCAGCCACAGCAGCAAAUCAUCAGCCUGCCGGCCUUUGUAGAUCACGACGGUACCACCAAGAUAAUCAUCAACUACAGCAUCAGUCCUGCAGCCGGCACCAAUGCUACCACCCUGCCCACACCCAUCCUUAUCAAAAACAACCCUCCCUCUGCUCCAGAUGUCACCAUGGCAACUGCUGCCACCCCAGCCCAAACAAAGCCAGAUCGACCUCAAACACCUGAGGUGACAGACCUCAGUGUGAAGAAAACCCCGGCAGCGGAGCCCAUCAAAGACAUUCAGACAGAGGCAGCAACUGAAGAGGCUAGGAGAGAGUCAGAGUCCGCUAAAGUACCUAAAGCCAACAGCGCCAGUACUUGUUUGCUGUGUGAUGACUGCCCCGAUAACCUGGAGGCGCUGCAUCUACUGCAGCAUCACAAAGCAGCCAAUGGUGAGGCUGUGGACUCGGCGGCGUUGGACCCGUCUUUUGCCGAUCUGCUCAGCGAAGCCGGCGUGAUGUUGGAGGAGCCGCCAGUGGACGACCUCCUCUCGCUCCUCAAGACUUACUUCUCCUCCAACGCCAAUCCCAGUGAAGAUGAGCUAGCAAAAAUCUCCAAGUCCGUCAGUAUUCCUGUGGAAGUGGUCAGGAAGUGGUUUAUCAAGAUGAACUCUGGGAAAAACACGAGUACAUGUUGCACUGAGGAGGCGGAUCCCCCAAAAGAGACUAAAACCACAAAUUCCAACUCGGAGGACACCUCGGAUGACAAGGAGAACAUCACCCAGGAGGAAUCAGACAAAGUUCUGCCACCUAUCAGCUCCCCGUUGGACUCCCCGUCGCUCAGUGGGGAUCUUGUUAUUGUCAAAAGUGAGCCAGAAGACCCAGAGGAAGUGGACUCCCAGGCAGAGCCUCUGGACCUGUCUCUUCCCAAACAUGAUGUUACACCAUUAGAAAACAAAAACACGCCUGUUGUGAAGCAGGAAGAGCAGCCUCUGAACCUGACCUGCUUGAGGAAGGACGGUCAGACGGUCUACGUUACCACACCUCAGAGCAGUAAUCCUGUCAACAUCGUCACUGCUGCCCAGCUGCCAACCUUAGUGGCCAUCGCAGGUCAGGGAACAGUGGGCUGCCUCAGUGCCAUCAACACCAACACAAAACGAACCAUCCUCAUCCCUCAGCUCACCUACACCUACGCUGCUAACACCGGCAACGCCACUGGAGCCAAGACUGUUGUACUAAACGGCCAUAAGGAGAAACGUUCAGAGAGCAACACAGACGGCGCCUCCUCAGCAGAGGAGCAAGAGACCAAGAAACGACGUCUGGAAAACGGCGUUUAUCCCUGUGAUCUGUGCUCCAAGGUCUUCCAGAAAGGCAGCUCGCUGCUCAGACACAAAUAUGAACACACAGGAAAACGGCCCCAUGAAUGCACCAUCUGCAAUAAAGCUUUCAAACACAAACACCACCUGAUCGAACACUCCAGGCUGCACUCCGGUGAGAAACCCUACCAGUGUGACAAAUGUGGAAAGCGCUUCUCUCACUCGGGCUCCUACUCUCAGCACAUGAACCACCGCUACUCCCACUGCAAGAAGGACUGGUCGACCCUGAGCUCCAGGUUGGAGUCACUGAGAGGUCAGCUGGAUCUGAGCAGCCCCGGCGGAGGAGCUCUGUCAGACAGCCGCACCACCACCCCACAAUCCCAAAUGGACUCAGACGAGAGGGAGAGUGAGGAUGAGGACGAAGAGGCCAUGUGUGUGGACGACAUCCGGGUGGUACAGGUGGAUGACGGCGAGUGCGAGAUCUAUGAAGGUAACUUUGACGACGAGGAGGACGAAGAGGUUGAGACUGGGCACGCGCAGGAUUUGUUUUGCGAUGUGGUAGAAGUGGAGUUGGCGAACGAACACAUGGAGAGCAACAUGUUGGAGAAAAAACAUGAAACGGAGGAAUCUGCAGGCGCAGGAAAGAAGAAAGGGGCAGACUGUGAAGUAGAGAGGGACAAAGCAAUCAGGGAGCUCAUGGACAGCAGCGAACUGUCGGAGGAAGAGGCGACAAACAAAUGAAGGAAAUUCGGAUUUGUUGUCAUCAAAGUCUUUUUAGACAAAAACCACGUCAAGAAGCAGCAAGUCUCGGAAGUUGCCUAAUCUUAACGGUCCACUACUGUGUACAAAAACCCAGGUGUGCCUGAACAUAAACAGAA